AAAACGCACUUCGCUUCAUUAAGCCAGCCCAACUCUUGUUUUGGGUCUGAUAAACAACAAAACUGGGCCGUGAGUUUAAGCCUACAGAAGAAGGCCUUUCACAACCCGACAUGGUUGCGCCGGUGUACGGUCAAACUAGUUCACUCCGUUCCCGAUGCAACUUAUUUCAUUCUCAAACUCCAACGCUGUCCUUUCUUGGCUGACUGCUGAAGCCUCCGGCCACGACAAGAUGAGAAAAGUCCACAAUGGUGAGACUUCAUCAAAUCAAAAAACCACAGUGCCAAAGCCUGAGAUGCUUGACUUCGAUUUUCCCUCUGAUUUCAUCUACUCGAGCCAACUUGGGGAAACUGCCGCAAGUUCAUCUGCAAGCGAUGUGAGAUCAUUUUUAACUGGGAUGGGAUUCCUACCAUCUCUUGUCGACAAAGUAAUUCAAGAAAAUGGUGAAGACAAUGUUGACUUAUUAUUGGAGAUUCUCAUGGAAUGUUCUGAUCCUCAAAAAUCGAAUUCUCAGUCAUCAGAUUCUCUGGAUACCUUAUUCAAUGACAAGGACGCGAGCAAUCCUCCAGAAUAUUCCAAAUUUGGUCAACCGAAAGAGGAGCCAGAUGUAUUUGGAUUUGAUGAUAGUAAAAGGGCAUCAUUACUGCAUAUGAAUUUCUCUGCAGAGGAAGUUGAUUUUGCAAUGGAAAAGCUUGGUACGGAUGCUCCAGUUGAUGAAAUAGUAGACUUUAUUACUGCUGCCCAAGUAGCUGCAAAUUUUGAUGAGGAAAGAGAUGACGAGCUUGAGCAUGAUGUGGAACAAAAUAAGGAUAUUAGCAAUGAAGCUUUGUUUGGGACUAUGGAGAAAACCCUUAACUUGCUUGAAAUGGGUUUCUCGGAGAAUGAAAUUUCAUUAGCAAUUGAGAGGUUCGGUUCAGAAGUUCCAGUUUUGGAGCUAGCUAACUCAAUUUGUGCAGAACAAGUUGGUGAGAAGUACAUUAUAAAAGAUAAGUAUUGCUCAAGACAUUCUAGAAUGAAUCCUUCACAUGUUGCAAGAGGUGGUGAAUCCUUUAACAUGGAGAUACGAGAUGAGCAAAGACGUGACUCAUAUGGUCGUAAAAAACCAGAGAAUCUUAGCCAAGAAGCUGUCUCUCGUUCAAGCAAUCUAAACCUGGAGGAAAUACAUAGAGGAAAAAGGCCAAAACAAGAGUAUACUGAAGGCUAUUCUAAUACUCAGGACGAGCAUUUUGGCUUUGAGGAAAAUUAUGAAGAGGAAGGUCCAAAACCAGAGUAUACUGCUGACUCGAGCUUCUCUUUUGAAUCUGCAUGGGUGGAAGAAAAAGUUGACACAGAAAUCACUGGAUUCAGAAUUCCCAGAGAACCAAAGUUUAAAUCAUGCAAGAGUGUUGAUCGCAUGGUAGCCAAACCUCCUUAUUUUCUCUAUGGGAAUGUUGCCACUGUAUCUUUGGACACUUGGGGCAAAAUAUCUCAAUUUUUAUAUGCUGUUGAGCCUGAGUUUGUAAAUACUCAGUUCUUCUCUGCAUUGAGUAGGAAAGAAGGCUACGUGCACAAUCUCCCUACUGAAAAUAGGUUUCAUAUCCUUCCAAAGCCUCCAAUGUCCAUAUUAGAUGCAAUGCCACAUAUCAAGAAAUGGUGGCCAUCAUGGGAUACGAGGAAGCAGUUGAGUUUUAUCAAUUAUGAAACUAAUGGAUUAUCUCAGCUCUGUGAUAGGCUUGGAAGGAUGCUGACUGAUUCUCGAGGUUUAAUUUCCUCUCAGCAAAAGAGAGACAUUCUCCAUCACUGCCAUAAAUUAAACCUUGUAUGGGUUGGUCUGCACAAAGUGCGCCCUAUAGAGCCAGAACAUUUGGAACUCAUUCUAGGUUACCCAUUGAAUCACACUCAAACUACUGAGGGUAGUUUAACUGAAAGGCUACAUGCUCUCAGAUACAGCUUCCAGAUAGACACUUUGGGGUAUCAUCUCUCUGUGUUAAAGUCCAUGUUCCCUGAAGGAAUAACAGUGCUGUCACUUUUUAGUGGAAUUGGUGGGGCAGAAGUUGCUUUACACCGCCUUGGCAUUCAUAUGAAAGGUGUCGUCUCUGUGGAAACUUCUGAAACAAAGCGAAAGAUCCUGAGAAUGUGGUGGCGCAACAGUGGACAAACUGGGGAAUUGGAGCAGAUUGAAGACAUUCAGAAGCUGACAACUAAAAAAAUUGAUAGAUUGAUUGAGAGGUUUGGUGGGUUCGACUUCGUCAUCUGUCAGAGCCCGUGUACUUGCGCUUCAGGAAAUCCUAAAAUGGAACAAAGGGCUGAUGCACGGUCGGCUUUGGACUUCUCACUGUUUUGUGAGUUUGUUCGUGUUUUGCAGCGAGUAAGGACCCAAGUACAAAGAAAGAGGUAACCAAAUAGUUAAUAAAUAAAAAAAAUUCUUCCCUUGCGUGCUUGUUCUGGAGUAGUGCAGCUUAUUCAGGGAUUAUGAAGGUGGUAGUUCUAGGUGGCCUAAUUAUCAUUGAUGCUUAUACAUUAAUGGUUUUGUUGUAUAUAUGUUAUUAGGCUCAUCUUUGUCGCCUAUUCUGUAAAAGAAUAUAAUAUAAUACUGUUGAAGUAUUUUGUAUCGAGUCUUUGGAAAAGAAUGCCAUAAUGAAACCAAGAACAAGAACCAAGCUACUAGUCA